UGUCAAACCAAAAUUCCCUACAUUCCAAAUUACAGAGCCGCAUUGGUGGGGAGGAUUCGGAAUCAAUUUUGGAGGUUAAACGAAUAGAAACAAAAACGCAAAUAACGAACAAAAUUCUAACGAAUAUCAUUGCAUAAUGGCAACAACAAAAAUACCAGAACAAAAAGUGAUACUAUGCGGCGAAUACGGUGUAGGCAAGAGUUCGAUAUUUAGACGCUUCGCCAACAAUUCAUUUAUCACAUCCACUGACAGACAAUCCACAUUAGGACUUGAUCAUUAUGACAAAAUCUACACAGUUGGAGACAAGGAUAUUAAGUUGCAACUAUGGGACACAGGAGGCAUGGAGAGGGUUGCCUCAAUUACAUCAAGUUAUUACAAAUUUGCUGAAGCUGCAAUUUUGGUCUUUUCUUUAGACAAUGCUGCAUCCUUUCAUGUGCUCUCACAACAUUUACUUGAUAUUGUCACAUAUGCAGAGAAUGCCAAAAUAUACCUAUGUGGAAAUAAGAAUGAUUUGAUUACAUCCACACCUCAAGUCACAGAUGCUGAGAUUGAAUCAUUUUGUGAACAAUGCCAUAAUAUUAUAGCUGCUAGCUUCAAGACAUCAUGCAAGACUGGAGAUGGUUUAGAGGACAUGUUUGAGGACAUUGCUAGUCAAUUGGUGCAUUCAAACAGAUCCAAAAUGGAACUACAAGCAAUGGAUAAACAUGGUUUCAAGAUAGGUGAUGCAGAUGAGGUCUAUGAAGAUGCCUGCUUGUGCUGAAAGUCUCAGGAAUUCUCAUUUUGAUAUGUAUGCCAUAAAAAUUCACAAAACCAAAAAAAAUGGCAUAAAAUUCAAUAUGCUCUAGUCCGUAAUUUUGCUUUAUUGGGUGAAUGAGAUUGUGCGCAAUUUGCGGUUUAGUCCGAAAUAACUGUGAUGAAUUGUGAACUAAAACCCAUUCAGGGGUUGAAUGCGUUUAUUACUGAUAUUAAUAAUGCUUUACUUAC